AUGUCGAACGAACACAUCCUCCCGGGACGAUCCAAUGACCAAGAAAAAGCCGCAGACGGCCCAAAAACAGACAGCCUGUACGAGGCGUACGAGAUCGAACUCCAGAGCUCGGCGGGCGGCAGCAUCCGCUUUGGGGAUUUGAUCGCCGGCAAGGGGUCGAAUAUCACGACUUUGGUGAUUUUCAUAAGACACUUCUUCUGCAUCUACGACCAAUCCUACGUCCGCACCCUCUCCCACCACCUGAGCGACAGUCUCCUCGCCUCCCUCCCAGACCCACAAAAUACCGGCAGCGGCGGCGGACCCUGCCAGGUCAUCAUCAUCGGCUGCGGCGACCCCGCCCGCAUCGUCCCCUACGUCGCCGAGACCGCCGCCCGGUUUCCGGUCUACACCGACCCCACCGGCCGCAUCUACUCGGAGCUGCGCAUGAAGCGCACCGUCCACGGCAUCACGCGCCCGCCCGCCUACACCGAGGUGUCGUUUGUGCGGGCGCUGGGUCGCACCCUGCGCCAGAUGUUCUCGGCUGGCGGGUGGAGGCUUUCUUAG